CCGAUGAUCAGGUACCUUACCUUACCUCACCUUACUGACAUAUUUCUAUCUCCGCACGCCGCCGUCUUUGACAUUCCUCCCUUUUUCUGAAUUCUUGAUUUUAACCUCAUCUCUGGAAAGACAGGUCGCCGGCAGAUUGCCAGAAAGCCGACUCCAAGCUUCAUAAGUCAUUCUCAGCUAGACGUCCAUCGUCCACGGACUCUGCAAAGUAUUUUAGCCAUCGAGGGGGCACAAUGUCGUCAUCAACAACAGCCACCAAAGUCACUGCCACGCGAGGCGGCAGUGACGCUGGAGCCGUCCAGCAGUCUACCAUUUACAAGUUUGUAAUGACGCCCAUCAUCCUCGUCUCCUUUCUGCUCUCCCUGGCCUGGGUAGACCUCACCUAUACCAUCAGGAGGUCAAGAAAUCAUGGCCGGCAGGGCUGGAUGCCUUCCUGGCUGCACAGUAUCCUCUACCGGAGAUCACAGUACCGCUACGCAGAAGCCAAGGACUCAAAAACAACGACGCCAACGGCGACACCGAGUCCCAAGGACGAGAAGGAGGAGUUUUACUACCACAGUAAACAGAAGAAGCUGUUGCGCGCAGAAGUUGACGAUGCGUUCCAGCUGAGAGGUCAAGUUCUCGUCGUAAUGGCGCUCGUGUUGCUCACGACGUCGCUGGCUUUUGCUUGGGGUGGCUGGAAGGUCUCCAGCUGGGUGUGGAGGAGCUUUGGCGAGAGAGCUUUCGGCAUUUGAAAGGUUACGAAUGAGAUUGUUGAUUCUGCGCCGGGCUGAGAUUUCUGGCAUACGGUCGCAAUUCCACGAUUUUCAAAAGCUCUUCCCAGCUCAUCAAUGCGCACCGGGGACUAUGGCGACACAAGUUGGGAUGAACUUUCUGUUCAUGCGACUCUUCCAAGGGCUCUGCCAGAGUCGAUGUCGGGGCCCACUCGACAUUACAUGGUGCUUGACUCGGCCAGCCCUCGACAGCUCUCAAAACCUCUGGCACCCAAAUCGAUAAACGGAUAGCAAUUUAGAGCUGACCUCAAUGUUGGUGCGCUAUUGAAUACAGCCUGGGAACAUAUGACUGGCUAUGAAGGGAAGACUGGAUGAGAGUUUGGACAAAACGGCGUAGAGGGCGAAACCUUGGAGGUUUGAUUAUACCCUGGAGUUGAUUUGUAGCUACCUGCACUUAAUGAUGGAAUCAAAAGUGUUCACAUUCCUCGGGUGGAUCAGAUGUGGGAGUCAGCUUAUGAUUCUUGUAUGGAUACCAUGAUGCAGUCUUAUGUUUUCACCCAUAUGAACACGUG